AAAGUGGCUGUGACCUGUACAUAACUAAUUUUCAUCCUCCAAAUUUGAUUUUCCUAGCAAGAUAUGGAAACAUUUUAAUUUCUGUAUACAUACCAUUUCUUCAUUUCAUUUUAUUUCUACAGACACCUGUGUACAUAUACAAUAUACAAUGUAUGCAUGUGCAAUUACAAAAAUACACCUUAAAUUCGUCAUACAUACGUCGUUUAACAAACUUUCCGGCUUUUAAUCUCACUUCUAUGCGUUAAUUCUUCUCCCAAAAACGAGGGCAGGAAGAACUAAUACAGAAUAACCUUUUUUUUUUUUUUUUUCAACUUUCUUUGUCUGUGAUGGGGAGUAACAAUAACGAUGAUCCUCUUAUCACUGAAACCUUGUUACCAGAAGUUAGAGUUAACAAAGAUGAAGACGAUAACCUUGCAUCAAAAGUCUGGACUGAAACCAAGAAGCUAUGGCAAAUCGUAGGACCCGCUAUUUUUAGCAGGAUAGCUUCCUUCUCUAUGAAUAUCAUAACCCAAGCUUUUGCAGGCCAUUUGGGAGAUAUUCCACUCGCUUCUAUCUCCAUAGCCAACACUGUCAUUGUCGGCUUCAAUUUCGGCCUCCUGUUAGGAAUGGCGAGUGCUCUUGAAACCCUAUGUGGACAAGCUUAUGGCGCGAAAAGAUAUCAAAUGUUAGGGAUUUACAUGCAAAGGUCAUGGAUAGUGUUAUCCGUGUGCUGUUUCUUCUUGUUACCGUUUUAUGUUUUUGCGUCUCCAAUCUUGAAAUGGUUAGGUCAACCAGACAACGUAGCCGAGGAAUCUCAGGUUGUGGCUUUAUGGCUAUUACCCUUGCAUUUCAGUUUUGCAUUUUUGUUCCCAUUGCAAAGAUUCUUGCAGUGCCAGAUGAAGAAUCAGAUGAUAGCUUGGGUUUCUUUUGUGGCGUUAGCGUUAAAUGUGUUAUUGUGUUGGGUACUUAUUUAUGUUUUGGAUUUUGGAGUGAUUGGUGCGGCUAUUGCUUUGGAUGUUUCUUGGUGGUUUAUGGGAAUUGCGUUGUUCAUAUAUGUUGUGUUUAGAUGUCCUUUAACUUGGACUGGUUUCUCAAUGCAAGCCUUUACUGGGUUAUGGGAGUUCGUUAAGCUCUCUGCAGCUUCUGGAGUUAUGCUUUGUUUGGAAAAUUGGUACUAUAGAAUACUGAUAUUGAUGACUGGGCACUUGAAAAAUGCAACAUUAGCUGUGGAUGCAUUGUCAAUUUGCAUGACUAUUAAUGGAUGGGAAAUAAUGAUUCCGAUUGCAUUCCUUGCUGCCACAGGGGUGAGAGUGUCUAAUGAGUUAGGAGCUGGGAAUGGGAAAGCAGCAAAAUUUGCAGCAGAAGUUUCUGUGGUGCAAUCAUCUAUAAUUGGAGUAAUCAUCUGCUUAAUAAUCAUAAUUUUCCGCGACAAAUUUGCAUUCAUAUUCACAUCUAGUACGGAUGUUUUAGAAGAGGUGGAUAAGCUCUCUAUACUCCUAGCAGUCACUAUCCUUCUCAACAGUGUUCAACCAGUACUAUCAGGAGUGGCAGUUGGAUCGGGAUGGCAAGGAAUGGUUGCGUAUGUAAAUCUUGGGUGUUACUAUGUUAUUGGGCUGCCACUUGGCAUUCUGAUGGGGUGGGUCUUCAAGUUAGGUGUCAAGGGCAUAUGGGGUGGAAUGAUUUUUGGUGGAACUGCUGUUCAAACAAUAAUACUAGCCAUCAUAACUGUAAAAUCAGACUGGGAAAAUGAGGCCAGAAAAGCUCGUACUCGAGUAGCCAAAUGGUCAAAUCCCGAACCGGAUGAUCAAUCAGAAGCUGGACAUUAAUAACUUUUUAUGAAUUUCUCAAUACUCACAGUUUUGAGAACUCUUGAAAUUUUGGUAGCGGUUUAUCUGUUCGAUUGAGCUUAUACAAUAUGAAUUUAUGAAUCAUUAGAUAUUAAAUUAUAUUGCAAUAAUUGCAGUAAUUAUUGAUGCAAUUUUAUUGGCAUGAUUAUAAUUUUGAAUCUAAUAACUGAUUAUGAUGUUGUUAUA